CUUUGCCCUUAAACCGCGGGAGCUUCAACUUCAACCCACGGUGACUAACCAACCUUGCCGUACCACCACCCCCACCACCACGACCGCACAAAAUCGACAAAAGAGCCAAAGGACCACACGCCUAUCGAGGGCGAAUUACAGCUCCUCAUGGCGUCUAUCACCGCGACAAACGAUGCGCCUCGGUCGCCUAGGGGGGAUCCCGAAGCUGAUGCUGAAGGAGAAUCAGAUGAUGGAAUCGAAUACAACGAAGAUAAUGAUGAGAAAAUCAUUAACGGAAUUAUUUCGGGUACAAUUACCGCUGGGGAUGACCCUCAUGCCUUCGGGUUCGGCGACACGGUUGGAAAGCUCGACGAUGCGAUCGACUAUGAAGAUAUCUCGGAUGAUGACCUCCCUUCCGAAGGUGAACCAAGUGGCAACAACAAUAUUGGUGGCAAAGAGGAAGUAGGAGAGGACGGCAUUGCCGGAGAUGAAUUCGAUGAACUAUUUAAUGACAUAGGUGACGAAGCACCCAUUGCCGGCGCUGAUGCUUCAGGCGAGUUGGGAGGCCUUGAGGGUGUGGAUCUAGAUUUCAUGGCACAGGAGGGGCUUGUUGGUACGUCGGAGAUGGAUGUCGGCCAGACAGCCAACGAGGAUAUGAUGAUGGGUUUGGAUAUGGAUCUUGGAGCGCCGACAGAGGGGCCUUCUGCGGAGAAGCGAGCCACAACACAGGAGCUUGUUAAAAGAUACUUUCCGGAACUCGACCUCAAAGCUAGACUAUCCUUCAAUGAUCUCUUUGGGCCGAAACCACAGAGGUUGGCAAUGGGUCCACCCAAGCCGCCAAAGGUCAUUGUCCCCACGAAGUUAGCUAUUGUGUUUGCACCAUCCGACGAAACAGUGUUUAACAAACCUUACACUGGAAGGAAUAUGGCCAAGAAAGCAGAAGAAAGACCGGGGAUUAUUAUCGUACCCCAAGAGCCGGAGGAUAGUGAAGAGAGUGACGCUGACGUCGAGGAUCCUAUAGAUUGGAAUUCACCUCUUGAACGGGGUAUAAUGAUGGCUUGCAACGAUUGGGAAAGCAAGAUGGAUAUGAUUAUGGGACCUACUCCACCACCUACUCCGCCUAGUGAAGUUCUAGAGGAUGACGACGAAGAUGCGGAGGAAGCUAACCGUAGGCCGUUAAAGCGUGCGAGACUCGCGAGUUCCUUUCUCGAUGGUCUCCCUGAUUCAUGGCUUGCCGAUGAUGUCGUUCUUGAUGGAAAUUUGAGUGCCAUUGCAAGCCAUGUCACACUUGAUCUUAACGAUCCACACCUUUUAGUAGAUAUUCGCCAACCUAAUGAGAUAAGACCUACCAAGCGCAUUGGCGGCGAAUUCAAGCGUCGUAUCAAUAAAGACUUGGCGCAAAGAUAUAAUAUAAGCAACGACGAGGCGUAUGACUUGCUGAAGGGGAAUCUUCAAAAUAAGGUUAGAAGUGCAAUCGGCCAGUUGGAUAUUGAGCAUAGUAUGCCUGCUCUCCGAUUACAGUCACCAUACUACAAAACCAAACUCUCCACCAAAGAGGCCCGCUCAUUUCACCGUCCCGGUUUGCAUUUCAAUGUCAACUAUGAGAUUCGUUUCUCGAAGAUCAAAGCACGCAAGAAGAAGACAUAUCGUGGAAAAGAUGUCCAGUCUGUCCUAAAAAUAACUAAGGAUUUAUCUUUAAUGGACGGCUGUAACUUCAUUCUUCUUGAAUACUCCGAGGAAUACCCAUUCGUUAUGUCUAACUUCGGAAUGGGAAGCAGGCUUAUUAACUACUAUCGACGCAAAGGGCCUGAUGAUGAGUCUCGCCCAAAGUGUGAGAUUGGUGAAACCCAGGUUCUCAUGAGCCAGGAUAGGUCCCCUUUCUGGAACUUUGGAACCGUCGAUCCAGGAGAGACCGUACCAACACUCUACAACAAUAUGGUUCGGGCACCCAUUUUCAAGCAGAACCCCAAGCCUACAGAUUUUCUUGUUAUCCGCAAUACACAAGCCAAUCAGAGCCAUUACUACCUGCGCAAUAUUCCGAAUCUCUUUGUGGUUGGACAAUUGCUACCAGUGACAGACGUUCCUGGUCCCCAUUCUAGAAAGGUUACCACCGCGGCAAAAAAUAGACUUAAGAUGGUUUGCUAUCGUGUUGUUAAGCGCAAACCCGAAAAAGCAAUCAUUCUAAAGGAUAUCGCCGAACAUUUUCCAGAGAACAACGAAAUGCGUCAGAAGAUGAAAGAAUUCAUGAGUUACAAUAAACCUAAGGGUGUUUGGGAGAUGAACGCCGGCGAGGUAGUUCCGGAUGAAUCAGUCAUCAGGACAAUGGUUAAACCUGAGGAUUUGUGUCUGUUGGAAGCUAUGCAAGUCGGUGUUCGUCACCUUGCGGACUCUGGAUAUUCAAAGACGGUGGAUGAUGAAGUCGAUGACGAUGACAAGGAGGGUAUGAGCUUGGAGCAACAGUUAACCCCUUGGGUUUCCACGAAGAACUUCAUCAACGCUACAUCCGGAAAGGCUAUGUUACAGCUUCAUGGCGAAGGGGACCCCAGCGGCCGUGGCGAGGCAUUCUCGUUUGUGAAGACCAGCAUGAAGGGGGGAUACAAGCCAGUCGGAGAAAGCGUCGAAGAAAAGAUGGACAAGCAGCGCCUCAAGGAGUUAGGCGGGCACGCAUACAAUGUCGCUCGCCAACAGCAAAUGUAUGAAGCCGCUAUUGAUCAGAUCUGGAGAGCCCAGCAUCGAAGCCUCAGUUCCCAAGUGGAGCCAGAGAUGCCAGAUACCGAGUUCGAGGACACGCACAAUGACCAUCAUGAAGACCUUCUGGAAGAAGGGAGGACUCCGAGAUCUGAGGCUGUUCCUCCAAGUCCAUGGCUAAAUAACGUUGAUGUUGAUGAGACUAUGAGUCAGUUCUCCAGGUUUUCCGCGACCAAUCGCCGGAAUAAAGUUCUUAGGAUUCAAAGAAAGUUUAGGGGGCCUAAUGGUGGCGUUGAGACAAGAUCUGAAAUCAUCCGGGACCCGAAGGUUAUUCGUCAGUAUCUCCAGAGGAGAAGAGAGCUUGAUGCAGAGAAGACACAAGUCGAAAACUUGGUUCCGACGGGCAACGAAGAUGAAGACCAACAAUCCCGCAAGAGACUGGUCCAAGAACUCAAACGCCUAGAGCGCAAUAAAGAACGCCGCGAAGCGCGCGAACGCGACAAGGGCAAGCGUGUCGGCAGUUUCGCUGGCGAUGCCAUGUCCCCCGAAUCUGCCGCAACUCCCGGUUCCCCUAUGCCUUCGGUCAGCAUGCAGAAGUGCAAGAAUUGCGGGCAGGUGGGGCAUAUCAGGACUAACAAAAAGGUUUGUCCGAAGUUGAAUGGGCAGUGGGCGGAACUCGGCAUGAGUCCGCCAGAUGGUAAUACCCCGGCGCCAGUCGGAACCCCGGGUUCCUAGAGGAGGGAAGAAUGGUUGAGGGGGAGACUGACCCUUAUGAUAACUAAAAUUCCUGCUUGCUUGUGGAAAAGGGUGCGGGGUGUUAUUGGCUAUGACAUACAGGUGGUAUUUUCAUAGUUAAAUUCGGUACCGGUAGUCUAUUUUCUUCCCUCUUUCUUUUUUAUCCUUCUUCCCCGAGACCUCAUCCCCACCCCCCCCCACCAUCUGACCCAGUCCACCAAUCAAUUUCUUCCUCCUUUCUGUCCUCUCCAUCCUUUCUCAUCCUUCUCCAUUUUUAAGGGAAUAGUGUAUAAAGUUCCAUUCUUGGGAGUUUUUUCUUUCUUCCUUUCCUUUUCCUCUCCUCCCCCUUCCUCUCCUCCAAAAAGGAGAGUUGUCUUUGGCGUUGGUUUUUACCUUGCUUCGAUUUGCACCGCUCCACUUGAGACUAUUUCAUAUACGACGGUUUCCUCCCGUGUGCGCUAUCAGGUGCAUACAUACUGGAGGUUAUUAAAUAAUGGCUUUCUCUUUCUUUCUCAUUACAUUGGGUACUCAUUUACUUGCUUGCUUGCGGGGGGUUUUUUGUUUACUUAGUUAUUUAUUCAUUUAUUUAUACAAGUA